AUGCGCAUCAACGCGAUGGAGCACAAGCAGGCGUGGUACCAGAUGAUCGGCAUGAACACCAUCAUCAAGCACGGGUCUCAGAACCCUGUCAUUGACCAGGACCAGCUCGUGGGGGAGAAGGUCAUGGCGGUACUCAAGAAGAGCACUUAUCCCUUGUCGGUGGCCGCAGUGAAGGACUGGUUCGGCGACGCGGGCGAGGCCGACUUGGAGCAUGACCUUUCGGAGUUCGUGGCUGCGCUAGGGUUGGCUGCAACAUUCUCGGAGAUCGACGCCAUCAGCGAGAGGGUGGAGUUCACCGUUCAUGCCAGCAGCGUCUUCGCGUCUCACAAGGCGAAAGGCACGUGGAGCGCCGAAGCAUUGUUUGGCCACCCGUACGGGAAGAAGUUGGCAGCGGAUUUGGAUUUGGAUUCGAAGAAGGCGAAGAAGACCGAAGAAGUUUCGAGUGAUCUGGAACGCAUGUCAUCGAGUAUGUCCGAGGCGCUGGGCAAGUGCGAUCCGAACAUCGUGGUAUACGACGAUGCGGUGCUCAACUCAGUAUUGUCAUGCUUUGGUGCACUGACUGAGCUUCUCGAUUCUUCCGCUGAUACAUGCUUGACUGAGUUCUUGCCGUCGACCGAUCUGCUCCGUUUCGACGACGUCGUGAAUGCUUGCUUCGUCGCGCUCCACUCUUUUCUAAAGAAACUUCAGGACAUCGCCGAUGAGAUGACCAUGGAAGCGCUGCUGAAGUGGGCCGCUGAGAUCGACUUCCCUGCCCUCAGGAUCGUCAGGUUCCACCGGGGCCUCGAGGCAAACAAAUGCGUAAACAAGAACUGCGUGUCUUGGGAACAGUGCGAAUGGCUGCACGAGGUUGUUACGGCCCUGACCCGCGUGUGCCUGCAGGUAAAGAAAGGCUACGACGACCCCGCACUCUGUACAGAGCUGGCGUCAACCUUGGACUUCGCCUUCAGCAACGCUCCCCCGGCGGGCUUGGAGGCGAUUCAGACCGUUCUGAGAAGGUCCCCCGUCUUUGCUGACGACGGCGAGAUCAUGCGCAGUCUCGGCGGCAAGGCUGAUGAGGAGGUCGGAUCGGCCAUUGCUCCAAUACUGGCCCGUUUCCGCGAGUUCUUUCCAGAGCCGAAUGUCGUUUGCGACAUCACUGCUAAACAGGAAGUGUUCGCAACUGCUUCAUUCAACGAGGACAUGCAGAAGGCGAUGCGGGAGUUGCAGUCUGUUGACCCGCAGGUGCGAAUGCAGCUUAGCACCAUGUCGCAGUCGGUGUCGCUGGCCAAAUCCGUAGGCUGCAUGGAGAAGGCCAUGAGGGCCCUCUCGUCCAGCAGCAGCGUUCGCCUCUCAUCUGAGACCUUGAAGGAGACGGCGGCCGCUGUCAAAGAUCUGCGUUCGUGGAGCGCCACGUGCGCGACCACCAUCGGCAUGGACGGCGCGAAGACAUGCUUUGAACAGGGCGGUCGGUUCAAAUUCUUGGAGAAUGUCAUUGACAUGCAAACGUUCCCCAAAUCCUUGGUCGAUGCGGCCGACGAGUCUUUGAACGCUUCUGCUGCCGCAGUUGGCAAGCUGAUCGACGGGCACGUCGGGGCCAUGAACUUCAUCCCGACGGAGUGGGCGAACCACAAGGAGAAUCUCUUCGAUAAGGAGGACAUGUGCAUGCAGCUGAUCACGGUGCCGCGCGAUAGUUUCAAAAACAUCGGGUGUUUGUGCCAGGAGGCUCGCGCAGGCUACAAGGUUUCGAAGGGCGUCCACAACGAUGGCUGCAAGAGCGAGUGGAUCCCGAUCGCCAAGAUCAAGGAUUUGGCCAGGGCAGCUGACAUGGGGGUGCAGGUCGUGCGUUUCGCAUUCGCGGUCUGGCACGUGUGCCGCGGGGUACCGAACCUGAAGGGGAACAAGGAGAGCAUCGAGGCCAGCGUCGAGUCCGUGCGCAAGAAGUUCACGAUGCACAAGGUGGAGGUGCCGUCUGCGAUCCAUAAGAUCUUGAAGGAGUUGGCGGGGGGCGAGAAGGAGGCCGACCACUUCAAGCUCGAGAUCCCCGAGGCCGCGGGCGCGGGCGGCAAGGUCAAGGCGGAGGAGGCCCACAAGCCCGCCAAGGUUGCGAAGACGGCGGUGGGCUUUGGCGCCCAGAUGGCCGAGGGAGCCAAGGAGCGGGCCGAGGGCGAGGGCGCCAAGGAGCAGGGCGCCGAGAAGCAGGCCGCGGGCGUCGAGGCCGCGGGCGGCGCCAAGCGGAGGCCCGAGCAGGGCGAGGACGCGGGUGGCGCCAAGGAGAGCUUGGCGAAGCGCUUGAAGGCGCGGCGGGAGACGCUCGCAGCGGCGUGA